AUGGCGAACUCCUGCGACGUAUUGGCGAACUGUCAAGUCGUCCAGGACAUUGUGAACGAUGUGAGCGGACAGCAUGCCGAUGAUGCCACAUGGGUUUUGACGAGCAGCUUUGUAAUUUUGACUAUGCAGAGCGGCUUUGGAAUGUUGGAGCUGGGUUGUGCUGCACGGGGUCAUGAAGUAAAUAUCAUGCUCAAGAACGUCUACGACGUGGUCUUCGGCGCUGCUGCCUAUUACCUGCUGGGAUAUGGUAUUUCGUACGGUUAUCCCUCGAAUGCUUUCAUGGGUCUGGGUGGGUUUAUCAUGGACACUUCCACCGACACCUUUGAGAUGCAGGUGCAGUCGGGCCUUAGAUUUAGCAGCUACAUCUUUCAGUUUAGCUUCGCUGCCACCUCCACGACCAUCGUCAGUGGUUGUCUGGCCAUGCGCUGUCGCUUUGCAGUGUACUGCAUGUACUCUUUCUACGCUGUAAUUGUCUAUGCCUUCGUGGCGCACUGGGUAUGGUCCGAGAAUGGCUGGCUGGCACAGAUGGGCGUCCAUGACUUCGCAGGAAGUGGCCCAGUGCACUUGUUGGGGGCAGUGAACGGGCUGAUCGGCAUCCUAUGUAUGGGGCCGAGACAAGGCCGGUUUGAUGGUACGAGGCCCGCGCAGGACUUUACACCUUCGUCUCCCCCAAGUAUCCUGAUCGGCCUCUUCAUGCUGUGGUGGGGUUGGAUCGGCUUCAACUGCGGUAGCUCCUUCGGCAUCACCAACAACAAGUGGAUCGUAGCCACAAGGGCCGGAGUCACUACCAUCAACUCCACCGGAGGCGGUGGCAUCGCCGCACUCAUCUACACGAAACUCAAGAGCAGAUGCCAGUACAUCCGUGCGGAGGAAGUGGCCAAUGGCAUCCUUGGUGCCCUUGUCGCGAUCACCGCCCCCUGUGCCUGUGUCCACCCACCCGAUGCGCCGAUCAUUGGAUUCAUCGGAGCCCUCGUUGCCUUGGCGACGAACGAUCUGAACGAAAAGCGUUUGAAGAUCGACGAUCCCGUGGGCGCUGUCGGUGUGCACGGUGCCGCAGGAAUCUGGGGAGUUCUGGCUGUGGGGCUUUUUGCGGAUGGAAAGCUUCUGGGCAUCGAGGUGGAGAAUGGCCUCUUCCGGGGGGGAGGCCUCGGGCUGCUUGGGGUCCAGCUGCUGUCGCUGGCUGCCAUCCUCGGCUGGGCCGUGGUCACUGUGACGCCCUUCUUCAUGGUCGUGGGCGCCUUUCUCGGGGGCGGCCUACGGAACUGGCAUGAGGGUCUUCGUGUGGCGGCCGACGUUGAGGUGGGUGGCCUUGAUCAAGCUUUGCAUGGCGUCACGCCCAAACGAGGCCUUGCCCUGGGCGCCUUUCACGGGCGGCAGAUUUCGGAAGCGGGCAUCGGAGACGACCUGCCCUCGGAAACCAGCGACGUCCAAGUGACCGUGCAAGUCUAA